AUGGACAUUGUUGUUGCAACAAAUCAGUUGAAAGCUUCAGCAGAAAGCUUGAAUACUGCACCUUUUUUGCUCUCGGGCCUGUUAUAUGUGGUUAUAGUUGGCUCAGUUCUGUACAGGUUUUCAGGGGAGGUUUUGGGACUGUUGCAACGUAGUAGCAGUUGUAGCAUAUUGAAGGGGUCUGGAGAUGCAACACCUCUGUGUUUUUGUUUGUGUGACUGUAGGGAUAUUUGGUAUAUUGGCAGCCUGGUUGGUGACUUCUAUUGGACCCUUCUCUAUGGCGGCAUUUAUGAGUACCCCAGAGACAAGAAGAGCAAGAAUGGGAAGCUGAGGCUCUUGUAUGAGUGUGCACCGAUGAGCUUCAUUGUGGAACAAGCUGGCGGAAAAGGAUCAGACGACCAUCAAAGAGUACUUGACAUUCAACCAACUGAGAUACACCAGCGUGUUCCGCUCUACAUUGGAAGUCAGGAGGAAGUGGAGAAAUUGGAGAAGUAUUUAGCUUAA